AUGCCGGACGUGCAGGAACUUGUGAGCGAUCUCGUUCUCAAGCUGAAGCGGCGGUAUCUCCCUUUGUUUCGCUCUGGUUUUGUUAACCCUUUAGGAAGUCCUGGUUGGAAACUGAAGGGUUUCUCUGCCCCAUCUCUAUUUGCACGUUGUGGCGAUUCUUUUUUAAUUGCGUCGUGCUCUAUAUCUAAAUCGCGUCUCCGCUCGACCUUUGCAAUGGCUGAUAUGCUUUCUCUCAGGAGGAUUGAGGGGUCGCACGCCUGCGCUAAGCUGACAGCCGAGUUGCUCCGUCAGGUGGUCUCCCAUCAGAGAGUGCCGUAUACAAAUCAGGCUGCUGCAUUGGUCGAUGCAGUUAAGGCCGUUGGUGAGAAGCUGAUCAGUGCCAACCCUGUCGGUAUUUCCGUCACCCUUAUCUCCCUAAAAAAUCUAUGUUUUUAGUCGUUGCACAAGUCUUAAGACUGGUGUUUUCUUAUGGGAAUGUUUCUAAUAUCUUGUAUCCUUGAAGUUGAAUUGUGACUAUCUAACACUCGCUUGACUUGAAAUUAUGCUAUGAGAUAGAAGUCGUCAUAUGCACAGGCUCCUCUUUCACAAUGUUUAUAUCAUAAUUUGAAAUGAUAAUCCUUUAUUAAGUUUAUUACUCCACUUUUCGAUUUUGCAUUAUUGAAGGAUUAUGCUCACUGUGCAUCUGGCUUUUGGAUGUAGAACUUGCUGUUGGGAAUAUAGUAAGUCGUGUGCUGCAUAUUAUCAGAGAAGAGGAUAUUGCUUUGACUUCAUCUGCCUUGGAAGGGCUCGGUUUCUCUGCUGGUAGCGAUGAUGAUGACAGCCAUGCUGAGCGUGAUGACCACCACGUGGGUUCAUCGCCGGCAGUAGUGGCUGCUGCUGCAAGAAGCACUCUGAGGGCUCCCUCUUUGCACACACUUCUGGAGGGUAUACCUGAUUCAGCUUCAGUUCGCUAUCCUUCUUCCUCUGGCGGUGAUUCUGAAGGCAAAAGCAGAUGUAUGAGCACUAUUUCUCUCUGGGUGAUAAUUUUCAAAGCAUAAGUUCAGUAACUUUAGAAUAAAAGGAGGAUGCUGCAGAUAGGUUCUUUUGUUCAAUAAAUACAGCCUGUGAGAUGUACGGGCAAUUCAUAUCAGGUGUUCCUUGACAUCUUUUUUAUGCACAGCUGAUAAAAGCUCAAGGACGAGGAAGUUAAAGCAUGCUGCUAUUGAAGCUAUCAAUGAACUAAUCAGCGAUAUUGACACUUGCCAUGAGCAAAUAUCUGAACAAGCGGUUGAGCAUAUUCAUCAAAAGUAUCUUCUUUCCUUUCAAAAUUUACAAGUCCUCUCUUUUCAGUUAUUAAAAGAAACCCUAAACUGCUUCGAUGCAAAUGUUCAUAGUGCAAUUGCGUUUCCUUGCAGAAAGUGAUCUCUUUGUGGACUGUCCAUAAUUAUCAACUUAAUUCUUUGUGUGGUCUGAAAGCUCUCAGCAUGCUUUCGUUGUGUGGGCUUUACAUUUUCCCAUCUGUAGGGUCGCUUUACAUUUGCUCAUUCCUUAGAUCGCUUUAAAUUUGUUAUCAAUGAUGUGUCAUUUAUUCCUCUAUUUUUGAAACUUUCAAUUAGAACUUUUAGGAAAUCUAUUUGCUUAUAAUUAACCUCUUACUUUAUGAAUAAGAUGCAGUUAUCAGUUAAUCGAAACAUUUUUUUUUGUCUCAUUUCUUACUAUGAUUUUAUUUCUUGACGAGGACACACAAAUGUGAAGAGAUACAUUUACAGUCUCUAGAGAAGAUAAGAUAAACCAGAUCAGGCUUCUCACGUUUUAGGGCUUAUAGCAAAUAAUCAUGGGCUGGUUUUGCAAUAAGCUGUUAUUGAAGCUUACGGUAGAUGUGCUUAUGCAAAAAACAAUGUCACUUACAGAGAGCUACGUCUAACUUUGUUUGACGGUUCUGUCCAACUUGUGCAUUGAUGCUUAAUUCUCCAAGCUGUUGCUGAUCCAUGUUGCGAUUUGGUGAGCUGAUAAACCAUAGUCAGCAAAAAUAGGGGAGGAGUCCUAUUUGAUUCGAUGUGAGUUGGAAUCGCAUGAUGGCUGGGGAGAAUUUGGAUUAGUUUUGUAUUCUUAUGUAUUAAAAAUGUGAUGUAUAUAACUUUAAAAUUUCAAGAAGUGUAUCUGAACAGUAUUCAUCUGACCUGGUUUUUGCGUGAAGUCAGAAUCUGUAAGCCCUAGUCUCUGUAGGCCCUGUAAAAUAUUAUUAUAGGGGAUUAAAUUGGAAGGAUAUAAAGAAUUUUCUUUUUCUAGUUCCCAAUCAUGGUCUAGUUAUAUAUUCUCUUGAAUAGUUAAACAGUAUCGUAAAAUCCAAUCUCUCUAUCUGAGAUUGAUGAUUCUGGAUCAAUUGACUGCAAUUUUGAUCAUUGAAUAAAUGGUGUAUAAUAGAUAGGAUGAGCCCGGUAAGGGAAAUCUUGUUUUGGUGUGAGUGACCCAGGAUUUCUGUUGAUUUGUUCGUCUCACUUAUAGAUUGAUAUCUUCUUGUAAGUUGCUAUGGUGUGGGCUGUCUUGGGAAAUCGAUGGUGCAUGCUUUCACUCAAGAUAUUGUUACAUCAAUUUUUUUACUUUUCGAUCAUUGUGUUAUCAUCGUUCACUAUUUCCUAACUCAUGAUAGAUUUUGAGUUUUUAUAUAUUCGCACUUAAGAACUUGCUGGUUUGCUAACUUCUGAUGAGAAGUUUUUAAUCGUAGAACAUUAUGCCUCCUCAAAGAAAAGGGUUCCAUGCGGUGAGACUGGGUGUUCGUAGGUCGUAAUUUUAUUUUGUAGUGGGGAGUCCGUGGUGGGGUAUUGUACUUCACAGUUAGGUAUUUUGUAUCUGGUAUUCGUACACACUGGCGCAACUUGAGACUAGGAUUGGCAAGUAGUUCAAAUGGUCAAAUGAUAAUAGCCAUGAAGGAGAAGUGCUAAUGGGGAGGUCGGAUUUCUACCGAACCUUUAUUAGUUUGAACUCAGGUUUUUGAAUUGCUAACUAGCGUGAAUCGGACCUAGUGAAUUUCAAUGCUACUAUUCUUGAUAUUUUACCCAAACUAGGACACAUCGGACAAUCUUAGAGACGUUUUACGUGUUGCUAUGGGACAGAAACUAUGGACAGUUUAAGAGACGAUGCAGUGAAAAAUUGGGAGAAGAAAUUUGGAAAAAUUGCUGCAGCUGGUAUUUUCUCCUCUUUUAACCUUUUUGUCCACCUUUUUUGGUUUCUCCCACACAGCCCCCAAUGCCUGUGAAGGGGUUAGAAUAAGCUCAACGGGUAGAUGAAAACGAAGGGCCUAAAAAUUGUAUUUUUUUAAAUUCAAAAUUUCUUCCUGAAAACAUUUAUAGUUUCUUUCACAAAAAGUGUACAUGAACAUAACUUAAACUAUAAAAAUAUUAUUAUUUUCCUUUUAAUAACUAAUCGUGAGCUGGACUGCAGUGAUUUAUACUAUGUUCAAGUAGGUAGCUAGUAUGGAGAGAUUAUUUGGGGUAAGGGAUGCCUUCGGUCUGUUUAUUCUGAAUAGAUGUACCCUUUGUUAGUUCUGAUUUUAGAAAAAGUUAACCAUCGGGAUAGUAUUCCCUUUUCGACUCGUUUAAGGAAUGCACAGAUAGUAUAAAGUACUUUUUAUCAAUGUAAAUGCCAACCCGUUUUCAAACAUUCUGCAUUGCCUUUGUGCUGCCGCAGUCCUAUUGCCUCAAAAAUGUGCAGACAUGUCACGCUAUGAAAAUAGUGAAAAAUAGGCUCUCUAUCGAUCAAAUUACAUACAUGCCCGUUAUAUUUUAUCUACUACUUCCGAUGUACAUGCUACAACGUUUACUACGCAGGAUAUUGUCAUGGCCUGGAUUUACACUCCCAACAGCAGGGUCUGCUCCCAGCCCCAUGACGAUAUUAACUAAAUAUAAAGGAAUAAAAGAUCCACUUAGUAUCAAUUUUCUUUUGGUUUAGUUGGCCAUGUUGUGUGCCUUUGGAAGUGAAGGUUAUGUGGAAUUGGGAACCGGGCUCGGAUUGUAUGGUUGAUUGCAAGCUACAGUCUGCCCACCCUGAUGUCUACCCUGAACCUUCUCUGUUUCUCCAUCAUUCAAUCAACUUCCUCUACUGUGACUUUCUAUCAGAAAACUUUUCUCUAAAGUUCAGAAUUGUUCAAUUCCUCUUACGUUGAGUAUAAGAUGUUUCGUCGGUCAGCACCUAGUUUGAAUCCUAGACCUUGUUAUUGUUAGCCAUGUUGUGUAACUAUACAUACGAAUCCUAUACAUAUGACUUUCUACUGUGACUUUCCAUCAAAGAACGUUUCUCUAAUGUCAAGGUUCUCCAAUUCCUGUUACGUUGAGCACAUGAUGCUUCAUUGGUUAGCACCUAUUAUGAAUCCUUGACAAUAUUGUGUUACUGUAGAUAUUUGCCAUGGGUGAAAAGGAAUUUGUCAUCCAUUGUAAGGUGUAACUAUCAAAGAAUCGAACUUCUGUUUGAAAUUUUCUAAGAAUAGUAAAUAACAUGAGGUGACUUCAAACUUCUAGUGAUUUGCUUGGGUAAUAUUAUUUUUAAGUUCGUCUUGUUGUUACUUAAGUUUCUAUUUUUUUUCUAGUGAGGUAAUAAUGACCUUGGGACGUUCAAGGACUGUCAAGGAAUUCCUUUGUGCAGCAAAGGAGAAGAACCGAUCAUAUCGCGUAUUUGUUGCAGAAGGUGCUCCAAGGUCCAAUUCCGUGCAUUUUUCUUGCAUAUAUCCAUUAAUUUGCAUUGUGAUCCCCUGUGAAUGAAUGGGUGUCAUAUUUAUGCAUCUACCUUCGUCUUGUUUCUUUGUGAUGUUGUCAUAAAUAGAUAUCAAGGACAUGUUCUUGCAAAAGAGCUUGUUGCCAAAGGCUUGCAGGCAACAGUCAUUACUGAUUCAGCAGUUUUUGCAAUGAUUUCUCGGGUGAACAUGGUAAUAUCAGACAUUGUUUCAUUUUUGCCGUGUUGACUUUUUGUAAUGUAACUUGAGGGUUCCUAUGUAAAAGGUAAUAGUCGGAGCUCAUGCAAUCAUGGCCAAUGGUGGAGUCAUGGCGCCUGUUGGUCUAAAUAUGGUUGCCCUCGCUGCACAGAAGCAUGCUGUUCCAUUUGUUGUAGUUGCUGGCAGUCAUAAGGUGCGAUACUUUAUUUCGUAUAGAACUUUAUAAUUUUCAUCUUUCCUUCCUGAGCAAAUGGAAUAUACGUUGCUACUGUAGAAAAUGACUCUUUCUUUUGGUUUUUUUUAAAGAAUUUCUGCUAUAAAUGGAUACCAUAUUGAAAAGGAAAUACUCCUGUACGGUCCUCCAAGAUUUGGAAGCUAGAAGGCUUCAUUUGCAUAACCUUGUGCCUCCACCUGUGGAUCCAUGUUUAUCAUCUGCCUCCAUGGCUGUUCAUAAAUAUUUAUUUUAUUAUCUCACUCAUCAUUGUUCAUUCGCCCAUGGUUUUAAUCAAGCUUUAGUUUGGAUUUGCACCAUGUCUGCAAAAUUAUGCAAAAUUCUGCAAACCUUUAGUACUUGGAAAAUUUUCCUUUUCUUACUCAUUCAAAAAAAUUCCCCCCCAAUUGGAGCAACAUAUCUGAGAAGUAAACUCGACACAUGUUAAAUGUGUUGAUUUUCCUUGAAGAUUGAUAUCUUACGGUGAAUACCAUAGUAAAUAGCAGCCUGCAUGCUUCUGUUAGGCAUUAAUGGACACUACCCAGUAGGGCAGAUUAUCCUUCUUAUAAUACCAUUUAUAUUAUUUAGUUUCCUCUCGUGAUUGCUUUCAGUUUGAUUUUCCUGCCUAUCGAAAAUAGAUAUUGAUUCAUCUUUCUGAUAUGAUGAUUAUUUGGCUGUGGCAGCUGUGCCCACUCUAUCCGCACAAUCCGGAGGUUUUGUUAAAUGAGCUGAAAUCUCCAUCCGAGUUGUUGGACUUCGGAGAAUUUUCAGACUGCAUGGAUUUUGGAAGCAGAAACGGCGCUCCUCUCCUUCAUGUUGUCAAUCCCGCAUUCGACUAUGUCCCUCCGAAGCUUGUCAGCCUUUUCAUUACUGAGACGUAAGCUCUUCCCUCACAUCUUUUCCUCUGAAGAACUUCGUUAUAUAUGCUACAUCAUGUGGUGUAACUGAGUCCGUGGCAGAGUUAAGUUGAAUAUUCUUGACUUACCCUUUAUCAUAACAGAUAAUAUAAUGACAACCCACGAAAUCUUGUUGACUUUUCUUAAGCAAUUGGAAGAAUAUCCUGGUCAAAACAUUAUUCCAUCAAUCUUUAUUUUUUGUUGGAUUUUUUUAAAAACUUGUGGCUUCUAUCGUUUCAGGGGAGGUUACAACCCGUCAUAUAUGUAUCGGCUCAUAGCUGACUACUACUCCGCGGAUGAUGUUGUCAUCCAGCAGCGGAAAUCAGGCUCUGGGAAUUAA